AUGGUAGCGCGGAGCAAGGUUGGUCGGCUUGCCUCUGAUACCGCUGCGCAUUUCUCCGCAGCGUCUGUGACGGACGCUGGCACGGCCGCAGAGGCCGCAGACGAGACUGGUUGGAAGCUAGUCCUCGGAUCGCCGCUCGAGAGCUGGGCGAUCAUCGUGACGGAGCUGCUGCGACUGGCGCUGCGCCGCGCCAGGUGGCACUGCGAGGGCGAGGCUCUCAAGGCCAUCAAGGCUCGCGGCCGCGAGGUCAACGACGAGUAUGGACGAGGCCAGGCGGAGUCCGCCGAGGCCAGAGUGCAGGCGGCAGAGGCUAUGGCUCAGGAGGCCCGAGGUCAAGAGCAGCAGCAGCGAGCAGCCCAGCCUGGUGGCCCGCCGCAGGAGACAAACAUAUUGAUUUACACACGGGUCCUCGGCAAGCUUAGUGACUUCAAUGGCGAGCCUGGGACCUGGCGUGACUGGAGUACGAUUUUCCGAGCCUAUGCCAGCGCGUGCGAGCCAGCCCUGAAGGACGCCAUGGAUAGGGCUGAGCAUGCCGACACGCCAGUGCUGAAUGCGACGCUGCCCGACGACCAGGUGCGCCUUAGCAGCCAGCUCUACUAUAUGUUGGUCAUGCUGAACAAAGGGCUCUCGUUAGACCGCAUUGUCAGUGCAGGAGUGAACGAGGGGCUGGAGGCGUGGAGAACACUGGUCACCUUCCACGAGCCUCAGAGCCGCACCCGGGCAGCAGGGCUCCUUCAGGAGCUGCUCUCGUCGGAUUUCGAAGGUGACGUCCCCUCGAAGCUGAUUGCGUUCGACAGGAAUGUCAAGCGCUACGAGCAGGCUGUGGGUGCAGAGUUUCCCGAUGAGAUCCAGAUAGGCAUCCUGGUCCGCUCGCUCAAGGAGGGCCCGCUGCGCAACCACCUGCUCCUCAACAGCCAGCGGCUGAACACCUGGGAGCUCGUGAAGGCCGAGGUCGAGAACCUCAGGCGGGCCCAGAUUGCGACGACGGCGAGUACUGGCACUGACCCGACCCCGGUGGACAUCGACUCCCUGGCGUGGCAGCUGGCAGGCAAGGCACCGCCGAAGGGCGGUGGAGGUCGAGGUCGUGGCAAAGGCAAGGGUGAAGCCAAGGGUGGUGACGGACCGAAGCCGAAGCCAUGCUGGACUUGUGGUUCGACAGCGCAUCUGGUCAAGGACUGCCCGGUCGCCAAGAAGUCUGGCGCCCUGGGCGAGAUGGGCGAGCCUGGGCCUCCUGAGGGCUUGGGUGGCCUCUUCCUGGCGGCGCUCGACCUGUCGGCCAUGUCCUCGAGCUGUGAGACGGUGCGCUUCGGGGUCGACUCAGGCGCGGCGGUCACGGCGAUCCCGCGCGCGCUGGGGACCGACUACCCGAUCGCGGAGAGGCCGUCGGGAGCGCAGUACCUCAGUGCGACGGGCGAGCCGAUCCCAGACGAGGGCCAGCGCAAGCUCAUGGUGCAGACUAGUGGUGCGUUACGGGGUAUCAGGGCCCGUGUCGCGGGCGUCAGGCGGCCGCUGCUCUCGGUCUUCGACCUCGUGAAGAGCGGCCACCGCGUGGUCUUCGAGCAGGGCCAGCACGGGAACGACAUCAGCCACGCUGUCCACACCGAGAGUGGCAAGACCGUCCGCUUCACGCGGAGGCAGCGCACCUGGGACCUGGACGUGGGCAUCGUGCCAGCGAAGGAGGAGUGGUACCUCAUGGAGUUGAUGAUGGGCAAGUUGCGACCGUCGAGAGUCACCUCGGCGCAGCCGCAGGUGGCCCUGUCCCGCCAGGUGGAGCUGCCGUGGCAGGGGACGAGGGAGUUGGAAGUACAAUCGAGCUCGAGGGUGACGCCGAGGAGCGCCACGAAUCUCAGCCCGCUCCAGUGCGAGCACGACGGGGGCCAAAGGAGCCUACCCAGGCUGAGAUCGAGCAACGCGAAGCAGCAGGUCACGUACCCUUCAGAGACUGGUGCUACUGCUGCUUGGCUGGGCGUGGCCGCGCCGAUGGUCACCCAGCGGACGCUCCUGGGGGAGCGCCGGGAGGAGGUGGAAUCGGGCCAGUCCGUGCUCCCCAUCCUCGUCGGCAUCGACUCAGCCACCUCGCGGGUCAGCGCCGACGUCCUCCCGUCCAAGGGCAUCCAGCAUGAGUACAACGUGGUCCGCGCCUUCUGCCAGGUGGAGGCGACUGGCCACCCGAAGAUCAUCUACAAGUCCGAUGGCGUGCGUGCCUUGGUGGCGCUCAAGCGAGAGGCGACGAUCCGCCUCGGGAAUUUGAAGUUCGAGGUCGUGCCCGAGGAGGCGCCGGCAGAGGUAGCAGUGAGGGAGGUCAAGGGCGUGCCACGGUCUCUGCGAGUCGCCCUGUCCCUGCUGCGCGGCACUGACAUCCCGAACGACCAUCCAGUGCUGACUUGGCUGGUUGCUCACGCUGCGGGGUGUAUCAAUCGUGGCGAGAUCGGCGCCGAUGGACGGACGCCGCGCGAGAGGCACAAGGGCAAGGCCUUCCGUAAGGUGCCGCCGCAUUUCGGUGAGAUCAUCGUGUUCCCCCCGAGUGCGAGGCGCGACGCCAAGUUCGAGGAGCGCUGGGAGAUCGGAGUCUUCCUGGGCGUCAUCGAGAAAUCGAGCGAGAUGCUCGUCGGCUACGACGGCAGGGUCGUACGUGCGCGGUCUAUCAGGAGGAGGCCGCCGAGUCAGCGGGCUGAUGCAGCCCCGUUGCUUUCGAUCAGGGGCGCGCCAUGGAUGCCGACCCCGGACACGCCGGAGAACGUUCGCAUCCCGACGGUCAUUGACGAGCCCCCUGUCGACCCAGCUGCGCAGCAGCCGAGGGUUGUGCCAGAGCGGGUUCCAGCUGAACCUCGGAACGUAUACAUUCGCAGGAACGUGGAGCUGGCCAAGUACGGCUUCACAGACGGGUGCCCGGGUUGCCUCGCGGCCCGCACCGACGCAUCAGCCAAGGCCCAAGGCCCACAGCUCGGAUCUUUGGAGCGGCGGCUCGCCAGCUGGAGGCUGCUGACAGGGCGCCUGCGCGCCCGGAGGGCGCGAGCUCUGAGGCACUGGCUCAAGCAGCCAGCCCGGCUGAGGCGCCGAUGGAGAUCGAGCGACCUGGCCGACGAGCUGCUGGGCGUCGAGGCAUCGAGGCGCCGCCUCGCGGUGCCAGGCGGUCCAGCACCCCUCGCGCCAGCGAUCAGCUGCGAGCAGCCGUUGACGCCCGCGCAGGCGCCAGCCACGCCUCAGGCGCCGCCUGGAGCUGGGGGCCCCAUGGACGCGGACUCCCUAGAGCUCUGCGCGCUGCUGGCGGCUUUCGGCGACUGGAGGCUGGCCGUCAGCGAGCUCUACGGACCAGGACGGUUCACAUCUCGGUCGAGUGCGUUCGACCUCGAGCCCGGCACAGCCUACGACAUCAGGACCGGCUACGACUUCAGCCAGGAGGGCGACAGGCAGCGGGCGCAGGCCACCAUCGAGCUGGAGCAACCUCUGCUGAUCACUGGCAGCCCGAUGUGUGCGCCGUGGUCGAACCUGCAGGCCCUCAACGUCAUCCAGGGUGUGGACGUCAACGCCAUCAUGGAGCGAGGCGUUGUCCACCUGGUCUGCUGUGCCGAGCGCUACAAAGAGCAGAUCAAGGCUGGCCGCCUCUUCUUGCACGAGCAGCCAGUAUCAUCGAGGAGUUGGCGUCUCUGGAUGAUCCGAGAGAUCGCCGAGAUGCCAGGAGUACACUACGUAGAGUGCGAUCAAUGUGCGUAUGGGUUGUGGUGCACCGAUGCUGUCGGCCCGGCGCUGGUCAAGAAGCUCGCGGGAUGGUUGACCAACUCCGCUGAGAUAGCGAUCGCCCGCGGCCAGCUGGGUGCGCUGGAGGCCGGGCCGCACCUGGGCGAGCCACCGAUCUGGGACUCCUACCCCGAGUACUACACGGAGAUCGUCGGCAACAUCAGCGGGGCCGCUCUGGACCCCGAGCUCGUGGCAGCUGGCCGCAAGGAGGAGAUGGAGUUCCUCCGCGGCCUGGGCGCCUACGUGUACGACACCAAGCAGCGCUGCCGCGAGGAGACCGGGCGCGACCCGGUGCCCAUGAUCUGGGUGGACGUCGACAAGGUUGACGACCGCAAGCCCAACGUCCGCUGGAGGCUGUGCGUGGCGGAGACACGCUACUGCACGAGCAUGGACCUGGGGGGCCCCUCGCAGACGUUCAGUGCGACACCCCCGUAUGAGGCUCUCAGGAUGUUGAUUUCCUUCUGCUGCUCGCCCAGGAACGCUGAUGAGGACCAGCGCGUCCUCAUGUUCCUGGACAUCACUAGAGCUCACCCGCACUGCGAGAUGAAGCGGAAGCUGUGGGUGAAGCUUCCCGCGGAGGACCCUCGCUCAGCUGACCCCAGCGUGUGUGGGCUGCUGGUCAGAUGCCUCUACGGUUGCCGUGACGCGGGCCAGAACUUCGAGCUGUUGGUCCGUGAGACGCUGGAGGGCAAGAUGGGCUUCUCCUGUGGCGUGUGGUGCCCCUGCAUCUACCGCAGAGGCGACGGCAAGCUCGUGGCCUACGUCUACGGCGACAACUUCGUGUUGAAGGGCUCCCGCGCCGACAACCUGGAGUUCUACCGCGAGCUGCAGAAGUACAUGUGGGUCAAGCUCGAGGGCAUGUUGGGACCCAGCAAGAGUGCUGGUGAUGUUCAGGAGGUGGUCUGCCUGAACCGCGUCUUUCGCUGGACCUCGAGAGGUGAUGUGGAGCUCGAGGCUGACUCCCGCCACGCGUUCAUCAUGGCGCAGCAGCUGAACCUCUGGCGCGGGUCAAAGGCCCUCUCGACGCCAGGAGUAAAGGCCAAGAGCGUGGACCGUGGCAGGGUCCUGGAGGGCGAGGAGGCGACUCGCUACCGCGGCCUAGUCAUGCGAGCCAGCUAUCUCAGCGAGGACCGCCCGGACAUCAAGUACGCGGACAAGGGGGCAGCGAAGUGCAUGCACGAGCCGUGUGAGCACGGCGUGGAGCUAGUCAAGAGGAUUGCCAGGUAUCUCCUGGGCCGUCCUAGGCUGAUUCAGAGGUUCCGACGCCAGCGAUGGUCAGGUGUGCUCAUGGGCUCCUCGGACAGCGACUUCGCCGGCUGCCUGGAGACCAGGAAGAGUACGAGCUGCGGAGUCUCCCAGCUGGGAGAUCACAUGAUUCGGGUCUUCAGUGCGACCCAAGGCAGUGAGGCUCUCAGCUCGGGUGAGGCCGAGUGGUACUCUUUAGUGCGCACUGCGUCCUGCGGGGUCGGCUUGGUCUCGUUGGCGCGUGACAUGGGAUACGAGCUGGAGCUAUGUUUGGCUGGCGACGCUACGGACGCUACGGCCGCCAGUGGGAUCGCGCACCGCCGAGGGGCAGGGCGCGUCCGACACAUCGAGACAAAGACUCUCUGGCUCCAGCGUCAUGUAACCGAGCGUCGAGUCAUCCUUUCCAAGACGCUCGGUAAAGUCAAUGUGGCAGAUCUCGGCACGAAGCAUCUGGCGCAAAAGGAGCUGGAUGAGAUGCUGGGACUGCUGGGAUUUCUCGUGGCUGCGGGCAAGUCUGACCUCUCUCUCGCGGUCGCAGGCAACUUGCUUGAGCCUGACCCAGCUUGCGAGCCCGAGGGCAGAGAAGAGGUGCAGGCGUGA